AUGAUCAUGGUAGUAUUUGCGACCAUAAUGGUCAUUAUGCCACGUCCUUCGGUCCAGGAUACAGUUUCCAUUACCAAUCUCUUAACCAACAAAAUACUGAUUGUGCAUUGUCGAUCCAAAGACGACGACCUUGGAGGCCAUGCGGUAGAUGUUGGGGAUAGCUACCGUUGGAGUUUCCAGACAAACGUUUUUGGUGGGACACUUUUCUGGUGCAACCUCGCGGUACAAGAUAAGCGUAUUUCUUUUAAGGCGUACGAGGAAUACGAAGAAACCUUCGGAAUGUGGUUUGUUCAUGAUGAUGGGCUUUAUGGGAAGCCCAAACACUUUCCUAUCUUUAAGAUGGCUGCAUGGAAGCGACCAUAG